ACAAACGAAAUUUUGCGGUCCGUAUUUCACAAGGAAAAUCGAAACCCUCAAAACUCAAUUAAGCGUGACUAAUUCAAUUCAAUAUUAUGUAAUGUGCCAGACCCGUGUAUCACAGCAGCGAAUACGUUACUACUUCACAGUUUACACUAACUUAUUACGUACAACACAUAAAUCAUACCAACUUCACAAUUCGCACCAUUCCUUUCGCACCCAACCAACCCACACAACACAAACAUAACACCAUAAAAGUUCAAAACCCCUUCACCCCCCAUGAACACCAACAUCAAAUCAUAUAAUUAUAACACGUUAGAUUUAUUUAACUAUAAAAUAAUAACCAAUCCAUUAAAUUAAAAAAAAACCCUAAUUGGUCCGUUUUUAUUUUUUUCAAAAAGGAAAAAAAAUAAAAAGAAUUAAGAGAGUGGAUUUGGAUUUGAAGAGGUGUUAGAAAAGGAGGCAACAAGAAAAAAAAGGGUAGUACUCUACUCAUAGGAGAAGCAGUUUAUGGUUAAUAAAAACCAUCCUGUUUAAUAUUUUUAUUUUUCUCCUAUGAUAUGGAAAAUCACCAAAACCAAACCAAAAACCCAGACCAAGACCUACACAAGAAACAACACCACCAACACCAAGAGGGUUGGGGCACGUGGGAAGAGCUUUUACUAGCGUGCGCCGUCAACCGUCAUGGUUUCAAAGACUGGGACACCGUCGCUAUGGAGGUUCAGUCCCGAACCAACCGCCCUACGCUCCUCGCCACCGCACACCACUGCGAACAAAAAUUUUACGAUCUAAACCGUCGAUUCACAGACGACGUUCCUCCGCCGCAACAGAAUGGAGACUCCGCCGACGUUGAUUCCGAUCACGUUCCCUGGCUUGAGAAAUUGCGUAAAGAACGCGUUGCUGAGCUCCGGCGUGAUGUCCAACGCAGCGACGUCUCCAUUUUGUCGUUGCAGUUGCAGGUGAAGAGAUUAGAGGAAGAGAAAGCGAAAGAGAAUGACGGAGAAGAAGAUAAUAAACCAGAUCUGGCGGUUACCGGCGAGGAACAGCUGCCGGAAAAUGAAAAAACCGGGGGAGAAAUGGAGGAGGAUGAACCGGCUAAUUCCGAACCGGAUAUUCGACGACUCGAUGAUAGCACAACUAAUACUGAUAAACUAUUACCAACCACUGGAGAGGAAUCGGACCGGGAUAAUCAAUCGGUUAAUGAGUCGAAUUCAACCGGUUCGAGGUUUGAUGCAGCGAAAACCGAUGUAAAGUUAGAAACCGGCCCGGUUCAUGUUAAAUCCGGUCCAAACGAGCCGGUUCAAACCGGGAGGAAGAAAAAAUCGAUUGAAGAAGAAUCGAAUAACGGAAGCUAUAAUAACGAGGCUAAAGUUUUAACGUGUGAGUCGGUGCCUCCGAGUGAGGAGAGGAAAGUGGAAGGUGAUUCGUCCGAGUUACAUGAUUCGGUGACUCGCUCGGUGGAGACAGGGACGAGAGAGAGUAGCGAGGUGCAGAGUUCUUCGAGUUUGUCGAAAACGAGGAAGAUACGUCGGAGGAAGGAUGUUUCCGUUGGAGAUGUGGUGCCGGAGAAUGAGGACGUGGCGAUGGUGAAAUCAGAACCGUUGGUUGGCGUGUUGGAGAUGAUCAAAAGACAUGAAAAAUUUUCAAUGUUUGAACGGCGUCUUGAAAAAAACCAGGAUUUGGAUAGAUACAAAAACAUCGUGAGACAGCACGUGGACUUGGAAACUAUACAAUUGAGACUCCAAAAAGGUCACUAUUCCUCAUGCACUAGCUCAUUCUUCCGUGACCUCCUCCUCCUCUUCACCAAUGCCACUGUGUUCUUCCCUCGCAAUUCAUCCGAAUCACGGGCGGCGCAUCAGCUGCAACACCUGGUUAUUGCCGAGAUGAAAAGCUCUAGCCAAACACAAUCCGACCCUAUCACUCAGAAGACCGAUUCACUCCCUCCGAAAGCUGCUCCUAUAUUAGUUUGCCGCAAACGCAGUGCAAUCUCAACUAAGCCUUCCGCAACCACCUUGAGCCAAAAGGGUGAUCACCAAUCCGUCAUCAAUGUCAAGAAGGAAAGGCCAUCUUUUGAUGCUAAACCAACCUUGAAACCAAGUAAUUCUGAGACAGAUGAAGAGGAGCCUCCUAUGGCUAUAGAAAAGCCUGUAACUGGAGCCAGAAGCAGAAGAAGCAACAAGAAUCUCAACAGCAAUGCCGACAACAAGAAACUACCGUCUAACUCCACUCCUAAAACAGUUUCCUCGGCAACCAAGCCUGCCGAGAACCCAAAAUUAGAUAAGAACAAAGCAGAGGGGGGGUCCGACAAGAAGAAGAAUGCUGCUGCUGAUUUCUUGAAGAGAAUAAAGCGAAAUGCCUCUGUGGAGGUGCUGAGAAGCAGUGGUGGUGGAGGAGGAGGUAGUAGUGGCAGCAGUAAGGGUGGUGGAGGUAGUGCUAAUAUGAAAGAGCAAAAGAAAGUAGUGAAUAAUGGAAAGGGUGAGAAAGGUAAAGAAAGAGCUUCAAGGUAUAACGAUGGAGGAGAGUCCGGGAAUAAGAGGAAUAAGAAUAUUGAUAACUCUAGGAGGAAUGUUGGAAGACCUCCAAAGAAAGGAGCAGAGACCAAUGUAGUUAGUACAAAGCGUGGAAGGGAAAGUAGCGCAAGUGGUAGCAAAGAUAAGCGACCAAAAAAACGUUCAAAGAAAUGAUUUUCAGUUUCAUAGUUAGUCCUUCUUUCCCCUGUAUAUUAUUAUUUGUUAUUAUUAUUAUUAUUAUUGUUAAAGCAUGUGUUUGUUCUAUUAUACUGUUAAUUUAUUGGUCAGCUUUAGCUUGUAGUCAGUUCCUAGGUAAAAUGUAACAAUGUUUUUCAUUUGGGCGAAAACUUUUAACAACAUUGCCCUGUGGCACACUGCUUUUCUUGAUUUUUUGUUUAACAGGAAAGCCUAGCCAGUGCUUAUA